UUGGCUGGAGGACCGAAUGGCAGCUUUUACGCAGAGGGUUGUCUCACCUGCUGAAACGCACUUCACCAUUCAGCACUACAGAGCCCUCUUCCGCGCUCCCCUCCAAUUAAUAAACACGCCUGCGAGGUCAGCGCUUCGUUUCGCUUCUUCGGGGUUGUUUUGUUUUGUCUUCUGCUCCAUUUUGAUGCGACGAGCUUGGUUAUCCUAUCAUGACCCCAGCGUAUGGAUCGUCUUUGCCCGAGUAGGCGAACAAAGCGCAUCAAGUCUCUCCAGAGAGGUGCCUCCCCCCAAAAAUCUCGGAUUUUUCUCUGUAAGUAGGCUACUCGGGAUAGCCAUUUGGCAUUUAUCGGCUGUUUUUCUUGUUGUAAAGCUGCCUGUAUCUAAUUCACUUGGAAAGAACUCGCUAUUAAAGAUGGAUACGCUAUUUCUUAGUCCGACGGAUAGGCAUUUAAUUUAGGGAACACCCGAUCCCACUGUUGGACAAAAAAUAAUGGGAAGAUUUUGGAUAGCGCUGGACACCUUAUUGGUUUCCUGGGAGUAGAACAGGCCCGUGUCGAUGCUCGAAAGCAAAAGAAAAAAGAAAAAAAAGCUCACCACUGCAGACUACAUCCAAAUACUUCAUUUCCAAAGGCGUGAAUUGCUAUAUGUCAAAAACACAUCUGUGCGCUGAUAAAAUAUACUGACAAGCACAUUACGAACAAAAACUAUGGAGCACACUGGGAUCGAGGAGGUGAACCAGACGCACCAGCAGCAGCAUGAACCCAUCAGCUUCGGCAUCGACCAGAUCCUCAACAGCUCGGACCAGUCCAGCGGCUGCAUGCUGCCCAACCGGACCGGUGACCCGGAUUACGCGCUGGCCUCUAAUGUCUACAGCAACGGGUACAACAGCGUCUACAACCCGGCCUGCUCCAUGGCAGCAGCGGCGGGUUUGGCCGGCUCCUAUAAUGUCAACAUGAACAUGAACGUCAGUAUGAACAUGAACAUGAACGUUAACGUGAACUCUGGAGGCGCAGGUGGGGUAAUUCGGGUGCCGGCGCACAGACCCAUGCCGCCUCCGCCACCGCCACCCGCCGCUGCUGCUCCUCAUCCACCCCCUUCGACGCAUCCACCGGGCAUCGGACCCGGCAUCCCCUCGGUGCCAGGGAUGGGAAUGGGGAAUGCAGCGAACUUCACAUUUCCAUGGAUGGAAAGCAGCAGAAGAUUCGCCAAGGACAGAUUAACAGCUGCCCUCUCGCCCUUUUCUGUGACCCGUCGAAUCGGCCACCCGUACCAGAACCGGACGCCACCUAAGAGGAAAAAGCCUCGCACCUCCUUCAGCCGGGUGCAGAUCUGUGAGCUGGAGAAACGUUUUCACCGACAGAAGUACCUGGCAUCGGCCGAGCGUGCCACCCUGGCCAAGGCGCUGAAGAUGACGGAUGCACAAGUUAAGACCUGGUUUCAAAACAGGCGGACAAAAUGGCGGAGACAGACUGCGGAGGAGAGGGAGGCUGAGAGGCAGCAGGCCAACCGGCUGAUGUUGCAGCUUCAGCAGGAAGCUUUCCAGAAGACGUUGAGCCAGCCACUGCAGCCGGACCCACUCUGCCUGCACAACUCCUCCCUCUACGCCCUGCAGAACCUGCAGCCCUGGGCAGAAGACAAUAAGGUGACCUCCGUCACCUCUGUAGCAUCUGUAGUGUGAGCGUGUGUGAGAGUGUGUGUGUUUAGAAGAGAAAGGGAGGGAAGGGGAGAAAACAGAAUGUCUUUAUCAAAGUGUCGUGAGUGUGAAUGGACACAAGAGAGGAAUUUCUUCCAAGACUGACAUUCAAAAACUCAGAACCAUUUUGGGAUAUCAUAGAUGCAGGAUGCUUACUUUGGAAAAAAAUCAAAUCAAAUAAUGGACAAUGUGCUUACUCACUCAUUGAUCGUUACCAGCAACAUGGUGGGGAAGAGUGUGUAGAGAGAAAGACACAGCUAUCGGUUAUUGACCAGACCUGCAAAACACUGUUUGCGGACUUCACAGCACAGGAGCCGCACUUACAUUGAUGUUUGUCAAAACUAAGCAAGUCUAAAACUGUUAUCUUAAAUAUCUAAAGUAUGUUGAGUAAUUUCCUGCCUUACACCAAGUUUCC